CCUCUCCCCCCGGGAGAGUCUCCUGCGGAUUCCGGCCUGAACGCACAACUUCCUUGGCUGGUCCCGGGGACGGUCUCCCUGGCUGCUGGCACCGGCCUGGGCCGCUCAGAUGGAGCCCGGCCUGUGAAGACGAGGCCGACUCGUUCGUGCUCAGGCCAAGCCCCACCCGAGAGAAGGACAGCGUGCCCUGAGAGGCGGCUCUCCACCACGUCCUGGAGUCCCCAGGUCGAUGGGGACACACGGGCCCUGCGGCGGGGGCCCAGGGCUGCCAGGCUGGACGGGCACCCGGAGACCUGCGCGCCGGCGAUGACGAGCGAGCGCCCCAGGGACCAGCCCUGGGGUCUCGGGGCAGACCCUCUCUGCGCCGCUGGCCCGUCAGAAAAUGAGCGGGAGGACGCCGCCCAGGGAGCGGCUCACCUGAGGCCCCAGCAUGCCGGCCUGCCCUCCGGGGCCCAGCAGCUGGACCAGGUGAAGGCGGAGUAUGCCCGCCUCAGCCACGCGCUCGCCGCCGUGACCCGAGAGCGCGAUCUGGCCGUGUGGGAGAAGUGCCAGCUCCGAGCCAAGCUGGAGAACCUAGAACAGGUCCUCAAGCACAUGCGAGAGGCCGCUGAGAGGCGGCAGCAGCUGGAGUUGGAGCAUGAGCAGGCCCUGGCUGCUCUCAACGCCAAGCAGCAGGAGAUCGACCUUCUGCAGAAGGCUCAGGUUGAAGCUAAGAAGCAGCAUGAAGGGGCCGUGCAGCUGCUAGAGAACACCUUGGAGAGCAUGCAGUGCAAGGUGCGGGAGCUGGAGGACAAGUGCCGGGUGCAGAGCGAGCAGUUCAGCCUGCUGUCGCGGGACCUGGAGCGGUUCCGGCAGCACGCCGGCAAGAUCGACCUGCUGGGCGGCGGCCCCGGGACCUCCUGGGACAUCCCCUCGCCCCCUGGCAAGCCCUUCCCGCGGUUCCUGAACGGCCUGGCCCCCUCCAUCGGCUCAGGUCAGGAGAGCGCCUCCGGAAGCCGCACUGCCGUCGGGGACUACGUCCGGCCCCUGCCGCUGCCCGGGGACAGGCCGGAGCCGCUGUCCGUCAGGCCCACCUUCCUGUCGAGAUCGGGAAGCCCGAGAUGCAGACUUGAGUCAGACAUGGACAAUGAGCGGAAUGCCAACCCCUCCAGGCAGAGAUACUUGGGGAAGGUGCACCUGUGUGUCGCCCGCUACAGCUACAACCCCUUCGAUGGCCCCAAUGAGAACCCGGAGGCCGAGCUGCCGCUCACGGCGGGGAAGUACCUGUACGUGUAUGGGGACAUGGAUGAGGACGGCUUCUAUGAAGGGGAGCUCCCGGACGGGCAGCGGGGCCUGGUGCCCUCCAACUUCGUGGAUUUUGUCCAGGACAGCGAGUCCCGAUUGAGUGCCCUGGGGGCCGAGCUGGGCCGGAACCUCAUCAACCACGCCGGCCCGGGCCUGGACGGGGAGAGCAUCCUGGACCUGCACCCGCCCACGCCCCUGGACGCGGGCGUCCCUGACGGCGGCGUGGGGACGCUGGACGUGAACAUCGACGACGUCGGAGAAGACAUCGUGCCUUACCCCCGGAAAAUCACCCUCAUCAAACAACUCGCCAGAAGUGUCAUUGUGGGCUGGGAGCCCCCGGCCGUGCCGCCAGGGUGGGGCGCCGUGGGCGGCUACACCGUGCUGGUGGACCAGGAGCCGCGCCUGCGCCUCCCGCUCGCGGGCAGGACUAAGGCCCUCGUCGAGAAGCUGAACGUGGCGGCCUGCACCCACCGCGUGUCCGUGCAGUGUGUGACGAGCCGGGGCAGCUCGGACCAGCUGCGCUGCACGCUGCUCGUGGGCAAGGACGUGGUGGUGGCCCCCUCCCAGCUGAGGGUGGACGGCAUCACCCAGGUCUCCGCCCGGCUCUCCUGGCUGCCCACCAACAGCAACUACAGCCACGUCAUCUUCCUCAACGAGGACGAGCUGGACGUGGUCCAGGCGGCCCGGUACCAGUACCAGUUCCUCAGCCUCAGGCCCAACACGGCCUACAAGGUCAAGGUCCUGGCCAGGCCCCACCAGAUGCCGUGGCAGCUGCCCCUGGAGCAGAGGGAGAAGAAGGAGGCCUUUGUGGAGUUCUCCACGCUGCCCGCAGGCCCUCCGGCUCCCCCCCAAGAUGUCACAGUCCACGCAGGGGCCACCCCAGGGACCGUCCACGUCUCCUGGAAGCCGCCGGCCCUGACCGCCACCGGGCUGUCCAAUGGGGCCAACGUCACGGGCUACGGCGUGUACGCGCACGGGCAGAGGGUGGCCGAGGUCAUCGCCCCCAUGGCGGACGGCACGGCUGUGGAGCUGGUGCGACUGCGGAGCCUGGACGCCAAGGGAGUGACCGUGCGGACCCUCUCUGCCCAGGGCGAGUCCGUGGACUCCACCCUUGCCGCUGUCCCCCCCGACCUCCUGGUGCCUCCAGCCCCCCCAAGAACUGCUCCCACACCGAAGCCAUUAGCAAGUGCCGGAGUCCCCGAUACCAAAGAUGACCGCCUGGGCCCCUAUGUCAAGGGGGAUGAGGCCUGGGAGCAGGGCCGGGCGCCCUCCCACGGGCACAUGCUGGAGCCCCCUGGCCUGCAGGGGAGGCGGUCGCCUUCGCCCAGCCGGAUCCUCCCGCAGCCACAGGGGGCCCCCGUGUCCACCUCCGUCGCCAAGGCCAUGGCCCGGGAAGCCGCGCAGAGAGUGGCCGAGAGCAGCAGGCUAGAGAAAAGGAGCGUCUUCCCGGAGAGGGGCGGCCCGUACGCCAACUCGGAUGAAGAGGACGGGGACGAGUGUCUGGACGUCAGGCGGAGGGGUGCCUCGGUGGACGACUUCCUGAAGGGCUCCGAGCUCGGCAAGCCGCCCCACUGUUGCCACGGAGACGAGUACCACACGGAGAGCAGCCGGGGCUCCGACCUCUCGGACAUCAUGGAGGAGGACGAGGAGGAGCUGUGUUCAGAGAUGCAGCUGGAGGGUGGGGGCCGGCGGCGGCCCAGUGGCACGUCCCACAAUGCCCUCAAGGAGUGCCGUGCGCAUGGGACCUGUGAAGGGGCCCUCCUGGAGCAGCCCGAGCGCCCCCCGCAGGCCCCGCACGGCACCAGGCUGUGCAGUAUCCCCGAGGUAGCGGAGGAGGACGCGGAGCCCCGCGAGCUCCUGCACGGACAGGGCUCAGGGUGCUCGUCCAGGGCCCGGGGGCCCAGGCCCGCCAGGCCCUGCCGGGGGUGCGGCGCCCCACAGGGCUCCUGGUUUCCUGCAACACCCAGCGGCCCCACGGCUGGGCCCUACCCCGAGGACGUCCUUCUGGAAGACAGAGGCUGCCGGGUCAGCCGCUCGGCCACCAGGAGCCCGGACAGCGGCCUGGACUGCGGCAGCGAAGAAGAGGACCCGCGGCGGAGCUCCAGAGGCUCGGCUGCCACGGGCAGCCCCGGCCCCGGGCCCUGUCCCUGCCGGAGCCCGAGGCCCCUGCUGGCCCGGCGGCGGACGCUGACCCGGCAGACCAGCAUCGAGGAGGACUUUGGGGAGCAGGCGGACCCCGGCGCCCUCGUCAGGAGCAGUGAUGCCCGCCCAGGCCCCGAGAGGCCUGGCCCCAGGACGUCUGGCUGGGACCAGCCUGUGGGCCCGGACGCCUGGAAGAAAAGCCUCAAAUCGCCCCCCAGCAGGGCGGCCGCCCCGCACGCACAGGCUCCUCCCCGAGUGGCGGAAGGCCCCGGGAUUCUAGGCAACCCCGCGUCUGCAGGACGGGCCGACCGGCCGGACUCCGUGGGCCGCAGGUUUCCGCACGGCAGCGCCGGCCCCCAGAGGUCCCGGCCAGGGACGGGCCCCUCCACCAUCGAUGACUACGGCGACCGAGACCGGCUCUCCCCCGACUUCUACGAGGAGUCCGAGACCGACCCCGGCGCCGAGGAGCCCCCGGCCCGCAUCUUUGUGGCCCUGUUUGACUACGACCCCCUGAGCAUGUCCCCGAACCCCGACGCUGCGGAGGAGGAGCUGCCCUUCAAGGAGGGGCAGAUCAUCAAGGUCUACGGGGACAAGGACGCCGACGGCUUCUACCGCGGCGAGACCUGCGCCCGGUCCGGCCUCAUUCCCUGCAACAUGGUCUCCGAGAUCCACGCCGACGACGAGGAGAUGAUGGAGCAGCUCUUCAGACAGGGCUUCCUCCCUCUCAACACGCCCGUGGAGAGGCUGGAGCGGACCAGAAGAGGCGGCAGGCAGCACCCCGUGCCCACGCGCAGGAUGGUGGCUCUGUACGACUACGACCCGAGGGAGAGCUCGCCCAACAUCGACGUGGAGGCGGAGCUCACCUUCUGCACGGGCGACAUCAUCUCCGUGUUCGGGGAGAUCGACGAAGACGGGUUUUACUACGGGGAGCUCAGUGGGCAGAAAGGCCUGGUGCCCUCGAACUUCCUGGAAGAAGUGCCUGACGACGUGGAGGUCUACCUCUCGGACGCCCCGUCCCCCCACGCGCGGGACGCACCGGCGCGCGCCAAGGCCAAGCGGGUUCCUCCCGAGGGGUCGGGGACAGCAAGGAGAGCGCCGUCCCCCACGGCCCACCUCCACGCGGGGUCACCUGCGUCAUCUCUGGGUACUGGGAGUCCCGGGAGAGGCAGGGAAAUGUCCUCGAGAAAGAAAAAGGGGCUGCUUUUCAAGGGCAAGAGACUGCUGAAAAAGCUGGGCGCGGUGAAGUGACCACGGCUGCGGACGGCUCCGACCCCGCGCGGGUUUCUGUGACCCCAGACGAGGGCUCUCACGACCGCUCUCCCCAGGACCCCCUCCCGACCCCGCGGCGGGCGCUGCCCCUCCACCCACCUGCCUCAGAGGCUGCGGCCCCCUGGCGGUCACCGCCCAGGUCUCGGGAGGGCCCCCUGAUGGGCCAGACCCCGGCAGCCCCCACACCGGGCCCCUAGUCUUUGUGCACUUGUCAUCUGCCCCUAGGGGGGCGGCUCCCGCCCUCCUCCCUCUCCCCAGUGCUCGCCCCACGCGCGGGACUGCCACCCGAACUCUGGUCCUGAGGCCCCCGGUCGGGCCGCCUUGGUGUUCUGCCUUACUCCUGCACAACGGUCUGUACUGUCUAAUAAAACUUCGCUGUCCGCUGCCUGUGUGGUGCGUCCAGUGCUCUCCACCCCCCGCACACCCAGGGUCUCAGGCCCGCCUGUCCGGGCGGGGAGCUGGGAGGUCCUGGGUGUGCUCCGUCUGAGCGGGCUCGGCGCCCCAGGACGGGUGCACUCCCCUAACUCGCUCAGAGCAGAGCAGAGCAGAGCAGAGCAGAGCAAGGGACUCCCUUAGCAGGGCCCCCUCCCCACCUGCCGGAGAGCUGACACCGCCCACCGCUUCGUGCCGCACUCUGGCCUGUGGGUCCCGUUCCUCUCACCGCUCGUUAGAGCACCACACACAGACGCAGCCAGCCGCCCGGAGAGCCAUCCCCUCACGCACGAGCACAGCAGGGCGCCCCGGCUGGGGUCUGCUCCCAGGGUCCCCCCAACCCAUGGGCACUUGAACAAAGAUUUAGAGUUGCCGGCAGGUGCGUUUGAUGGUCACUAUUUUGUAAUUCUUGUCCACUUGUAAAUUGUUUUUACUCUUUAUACAGACUUUUCAGACUGCCUUUUUUUGUAAUUUAUGGAAGGUUUAUAAAUGACAGAGCUUUCCCCAUUGUGUCUUCAAAACUGUGUUGUCAACUGUGAUGGAACCUGUGUGGCAGACGAAGAGGAAACGACCCUGUGUGGUUAAGUGCGGUGUGGGCGUGUGCAUGUGUACGGCCAGUGUCAAAUGUUCCCUAGAAAUAAAACUGG